AUGAGUGGCGAAGAAUGCGUCACCUUAUACAAGCAAAAAUUUGGCCUUAAUCCUGAAUGGCUUAUAAGAUGUCCUGGCAGAGUGAACUUAAUUGGCGAACAUAUCGACUACUCUAAUUAUCCAGUAUUGCCUAUGGCUAUAGAAGACAGUACAUGGGUUGCUGCCGGCAUCGCAACAACAAAUAACUAUCAAACAAAAGAAGUUAGAUUAGAGAAUGCCAAUUCAAGAUACAAUCCAUUUACUCUUGAAAUUGGCAAUUCUUUCUCAAAUUCUUCUGCCAAUGGAAAAAGUCCUCAGUGGUACCACUACUUUUUUGCUGGUUGGAGAGGUGCUCUAGAAAGGCUUUAUGGGAAUGAAAAUGAAAAUAAAGUUUUGGAACAAGCUAGGGGGAUGUUUAUUUUGGUUGGAAGCAAAAUUCCUCCGAGUGCUGGGUUAAGUAGUUCAUCAGCUUUGGUAUGUGCAGCUGCUCUCGCUACUCUUUGUGUUCAAACUGGACAAGCUUUUGGAAAUAUUUCGAAGGCAAGUAAGGAUCUAGCCGAAUUCGCAACAAAAGCAGAAAGAUUUGUGGGAAUGGAGGGAGGAGGAAUGGACCAAGCAUGUGAAUGUCUUGCCGAACGCGGAUCUGCUCUUCUGAUUGACUUUGCUCCUCUUAGAUUUCGUCUAGUUACUUUACCGUCUAAUGCAUUGUUUGCAGUGAUUCAUUCUGGGAAAGAAUGCAAUAAGGGGGCCGAUUCGCAAUAUAAUCAACGUGUUGUUGAAUGCCGUCUGGCUGCUCAAGUGAUAGCUAAAAGCGCUGGACUUGAUUUAUUCGAGGAGUUUAGGGAGAAAUUCCGUUCGAUAUUUUCAAUUCGAACACUUAGAGAUAUUGCAGAAUUGGUUGAUCGUGUUGAAAGGCCCGGAGAAAUGACAGAACUUGUCCAGCAUUUGAAGUUUAAAAAUCCUGAAGGAAUCUUUACGAGAAAAGAAAUUUGUGAAUCUUUGGGGUGUUCAGACGAGGAUUUGGCAAAAUAUUCGUUAAACUCAAACACUCAGGAUAUGCAGAUCUUUAGUCUUGGAAAACGAGCAGAACACGUUUAUUCAGAGGCGGCACGUGUUUUGGAGUUUGAAAGGAUUUGUAAAAGUCAGGACAAGGAUGCAUUGGAAAAGUUGGCCGAAUUAAUGAAUGCCAGUCACAAAUCUUGUGCCAAUUUAUUUGAUUGUAGCUGUCCAGAAUUAGACGCCACCGUCCAAAAAUGUUUAGAUUCUGGCUGUUUAGCAGCAAGAUUAACAGGUGCGGGUUGGGGCGGUUGUGUAGUGGCUCUAGUUGAUAAAGCAAAUAAAAAGGCAGUAGAGGAAUCAGGAUUAAAUGUUAUUUUUUGGAGUGAACCUUGUGAGGGAAUUGAAGCCUUUUCUUUUGAGGAAUUUACCAAAAAUAAAAAUUUAUAG